AUGAAGUUUGACAACAUCUACGUCUCCUACAAGAAGGAGACCGGACGGCUGUUGUACUGGAUGAUACAGACCUCGAACGGUAUCAUCCAGGCACUGGGUCCUUCCAAGGACGGCUGUUCAUUAGAAGUCAACCUCACUGGCCAGGCCCCCGUCGCCGACCUUGUCCUCAUGGCGAAACUCAUCGCCACACACCGCGUCAAUGUUCCGUCCGAGAUGCUCGCCUCCUUUCAUUCUGUCAUUGAGCUACGGACCAUCUACUACUCCCAGUUUCAGGAACUUGCCUCCAUCAGCCCGAGCAAGGAGCUCGAGGAAAACAACUCCAAGCACAAGCACUUCAUCGACAUCCUCACCCAAGCCUUUCAAAUCUUGGGCGGCGAAGCGUGGCUAGCUGAACGAGACGAGAAAGCAGCAGAGGCUGGCGAAACGAAAGCCGACGCGGAAAGCUCUGCCACCGCCAACAGAUUCUCGGUCCUGAAUAUCGACGCUGAUAACUCUGAGAGUGACACUUCCCACCAAGGCGAGAACAACGGCGAGGCUGACGAUGAUGCCAGCAGUUUCGCAACUCCUCGACAGCAGCGAAAGAGGCAGCACGGCAAACGCAAAGGCAAGGGAAAGAAAGCCAAGGCCAGGAAGUCUGGUCGAGCAGAUGACCAGCAUCUUGGCGACGUACCGCUGGAGAGUUACCGCAUCAUCGAAGACGAUGAGGUUCAGCACUACUACAUGGCUGUGUUUUCGUUGGCCAUGCACUGGAUGGAGUUUCGCUCACUGCUCCAGGAAUUCUGGCGAAAGGUGGCCUACCAGGGCCUCAAUAGCGCGAUGGUGGCCGCACUCGGGAACAUCGCUGUGGCAAUGGUCAAGCAAUCCGAGGCCGUGAUUUUUGGCGACUUCCCUGGCUAUGAAUCGCUUGAUAUGAUGAUACUGACUCUCACUGGCGUUGGCCCCGAGAAAGCAGCAAAGGAAUGUCGGGUUACCAACAACUUGAAUAAUGUGCCAGGCUUCUUUGAAAGGGGGGGGUUGCCGGUGGACAUUCGGGAAGCCUUCCUCAUCAAUGCAUACGACGAUCUUGUUGACUUCAUCACCGACUUCCAGAAGACCAGAAGCGGCAAGCCGACUAAACGGAUGCUCGCCCAGCUCAAAGGUUGGGAUCCUUGCUUUGAUCUCCAAAAGGCCACCACAGAGGAGAGACUGAAAUGGAGACGCAGUUAUACCAUCAACUGGCUCUACGAUCUUGUCAACGUGGUUGCGGCCGGAGCGCUCUAUGGGCUGGCUGAAGACGAAAAGGGCCUUGUGUUGGAGGAUGUGGACUGGGGAACCAAUGGUCCGUUCCGCCUCGACAGAAGACUGUUUGGGCUCUUUGAUUUCGCGGUGGAGGUGACGACGCUCGCCAUGCAGAAGCCCGGCACUACCUUCAGCCACAAGAUUUCACCCCAUCUCGUAUUUCACCUUCAGUGCAUUGUUGAUGCCUGGACGGUGUCUCGCGGGUGGGCCUUCAGCGGCCUCAGGGGCCAUGUCCUGGGAAAUCCAGCCCCUUACGGCGUGCUACGACAUCAUUUGGACAUGUUCCUUGGCCAGGGGCGCUGGUCAACGAAAGGCUUUGGAUUCUCCAGGGGCGUUGCCGCCCUCAAGUCGCUCUGGGCAUCCUUUAGACACACUGGUGAGGCAUACGAGGACGUCACGACGUGCAUUGAGUUGUACGAAGAGCUCAGCAGGCAGUUUGACGAGGCCCUAGGAGUCUCCCAGGUUGCCCGAAUGCCUGAAGUGACCCCCUCUCGAUUCUCAGCCACAAACUACAACGGCCUCUGGGACUACUCUCCGUUCCUCUGCGGCGCCGGGCUGGCAGAGGCGCUUGAGCUUUCCUAUCGGUGUGCCAUGAGGCUAUGGGAUGAGUUGCGAGAGCUACUGCCGGUUGUCUAUUUGCAUGGCUGCAUGGUAGCGUACAAACACCUUGAGUCUCCCCUGCCCCUAUUUGGCCAGCUGAAUACCAUGUUUCACAAGAGCUACUUCUCAGCAGAUGGAGGGCCAAUCUACGAUCUUUCAAAUGGUUUUCCCUUGCACGGCUCCGAGCGAAAGACGCACAAGUAUCGCUUCCAGGAACGACCAAGCCGUCGCGCGAACACGUCAGUCUCUACAAUCGAGGAUCAGCUCGAUGCGUUCCCAUUGCGGAACUACACGCACAAGUCGGAGCUUGUUGCCUACAAGAAGGCGGGAUGGGAUCCUGACCGAAUCCCCGACAGCGACGUCCAUUACACGUCGGCUCUGGGCUUGACUCGACUCAGCCAGAUGUCGCGGCUUUACAACCCGGCAACAUCUGGUUGGAUGAAUGCGGGCGCCGACCGGCUCAGGACUCAGUGGUCCAAGGUCGGCACAAAAGUGGGCGAUAUAGUUGACGACACGACCAUGAAGAGCUUGAGGAAGCGGAUGGACACUAUGAACGGAGACAUCGAGGAGAUGACCCUUGUGCCAGAUGCACUCAGCGAGCCGUUAUCGUGGAUCACCGAUCCAAGCAAGAUCGCGAACAAGGAUCCGAAGAUGACGCCGGAGAUGAUGCUGAACGUGGUCUGGAACGAUCUCUAUUCAGACAUUUGCUGCGACCUGAAGCCUUACUCGAGCCUCAACUACUUGUGGAUCACGGUAAACGUGCUGAAAUUCUACGACAACCUUGAGGAGGAGGCCAAAGCCAACGGCAGUGCGGAGAUUAAGGCCAUGUUCGAAGAGACCAUGGAGGACCUUUCUGCAGGAAGGGACAGGAGGGUCUUUGUGUCGACGUUUGCUAUGCACGGCACGAAUGAGGAGCUCACUAAGAUUGUGGCAAGGACGUUCAAGAAGAAUGAUCCUGGCGUGAAGCAUUUGCGGUACUUUGACGAGGAAACCGUAGAGGCAACGGAGCGUGGGCCGGCGCUGGGGUUUGAAGCGAGCCCGUGUUGCGUGAUGUGA